AUUAGUGUGCUUUGCAGGGUAGGUCAAAGUCAAUUACAUUUCGUAGCUUUAGAACGUGGAGAACUUCGUUUGAUAGCGCUUUAAAGCGGCUAUCCAGGUUUUGUUCCCACCGUCCGAAUGGCUUUGAAACAGCUACCGAAGAAUUCUUGCAGCAAAGACGAUUUUCAAUUAUUUGGGACAAACAUGAACUUUCAACCGACAAAUGACAUUCCUAAUCCCCCAGAUUCGCGAAAAAAAGCUGUACAACAUGACAAAGUAGCGCCACGCUAUGAAGAAAGCUUUGUACAACCGGAGCCGCCGAAGAAACAGAAAGUCAUUCAUCCAAGUCACGUGGCUCAAGGACAAGAUCAAAGUCAGAUAGGCAACACUUCAGAUGAUAUCAAAUCACAAGUACUGCACGGAGGUUCCUUUUUGCAGCUUGAUAGUAGGGAUUCGGGUAGCAGUGAUGAAAAAUCAAAACUCGAAGUCGUGUUGCGAGAACUUGGUCAGGACAUGAAGAUGGUACAUUUGAAGUGGGCACAACCCUUCGCGGAGGGUGAGUCUUUCGAAGGAUAUUGUCCAAUCAGGCUUGACGAACUUCUUAAGGAAGCUCUGAGGCUUGAACAACACCUAGAGAAACAGAAAGAACGCCUGAGGGAGAGAUUAACUCUGAUUACAAAAACCCUUCAAAUGCCUACCAUGCAAUGAACCGUAUCUUAAACGUAAAUUAACCGCUGUUAAAUCUUUUAGCUGUUAGCUGUCUAUUGCGAUGGCCAGAUUUACUAAAUCACAGUUGAACAGAAAAGGUUUUUUCACCUGAAGACAAAACUUUAUUGGAAACCUGUCAGACUAAUUAUGAACCAAUGACUGGUCAGUUACCGAUGGAAACCAAACAUUCUAACAUUUACAAUCACUUUUGCAGUAUUUAGCAGGACCUUUUUAGUGGCGAUGAAGUGAAUUCGCAAGCAAUCUUUUUGUUUUGGUUACAGUGACUUUCCAUUACGUCAGUUACUUCACUUUUAUCAUGAAAAUUUACAUUUGUCAUUUUCUUCGUUUUUCAUUCUUGAAUCGCCUUAAAAAGGGGAAGAAAUACAGAGAUAUUUAAUAUUUAAGUGAAGUAUCCUCGCUGAUACUUGUAUUUUCAGACGACGGUUCAGCGACAUAAAUAUUUACGGAUUAUCCGUGAUAAAAGGCUUCCCUGAAACAAGGUUAGAAAUAGAGUGCAUAUGUUGAUUAUGAGAAGUUCAAGUUCAAAACUUCAGUUAAGAUGACAGUUCGCGACAAGUGAAGUGAUGUUACUUUUUCCGGAUGUUUGUGGAACAUGUGACUUUGCUCACGUUUAGUAAAAGCUUUUUAUAU